AUGGCGGGUGGCCCUGCACAAGUACUAGAGAUUGAGCCAAAGAACGAACUGGUAUUCGAAGGUCCGUUCGUCGAUGUGAUAACUUCACAUAUCAAGCUGACAAACCCUUUAGACCAAGCAGUUGGCUUCAAAAUCAAAACAACGGUGCCGAAAUGUUAUUGCGUCAAGCCAAGCAAUGGAUAUAUCGAACCACAUCAGGCCAUAGACGUUGCAGUUAUGCUUCAGCCGUUCAGUUACAAUGCUGCUGAAAAAUUUAAUCAUAAGUUUAUGAUCCAGUCUAUCAUCGUUCCUGAUGAUCCUCGACCCAGCAUGGAACAACUGUGGAAAGAUGCUCCUCGUAGCAAACUCAUGGAUUCGCGGCUGUUCUGCCUCUUGCGCAUGCCCGAAGAACUACUUGUUGAACCUAGCCGGGAUUUGGUUUUCGAAGGUGUCUUACCUCCUGGUGGGCGUUCUGAGUUAUCAGUCGUGUUCCAGCCGCAUAAUUUCGACUUUACGGCGAAGAAUCGUGAAAGGAUCUUAAUUCAGUCUGUUGUAACUUCGGAAGGAGCAGAUGCCAAAAAAGACCAAACAGCUUUAUUUAAGGAAGGAAAGGUGACAGAUUAUUACUUGAAAUGCGUAUUUAAAAACACAGGCGUCGAUGAAAAAAUAGAAAUGAGUACAGUGCAACCUACAUCAGCUAAAAGUGUCACAAAUACCAGUACAUCAAAAGCGGAUAUUGAGAAGUUGAUGGCUGAGAUAUCUGCACUUCGCAAGGAAAAUGCUGCUCUCAAGGAAUCGGAUAUUCAUUUACGACGCACAGCUGUUUCGGCUACAUGUCGGAUGCCUUCAGAAUCUGGUGCAUCAGCGACUGGUGGGGGUGGUCGUCCAGUCAACACUGGAGCCCUCAGUAACAUCCCACCUAUAUUCUAUUUAAUCUUGGCUUUACUCAUUGGUUUAUUUUUGGGUCGAUUCGUCCUGUAA